AUGCUAAUUCUUCUUUGCAGAAGUCAACAUGUACGGAGACUCCAAACGAGGUUGAAACAAAUGGAGGAUUUGCUGCGAUCUGCGGGGAUUGAUCCUGGGGAUGACGGAAUGGAUAUUAAAUUGGAAGAUGAUGGUGAUGGGUUCAGCUCGGACGAUGACGUGGAUUACGCCCCGCCUUACGAGAACGAAAGCGCAUCAACACCAUCACAUACCGAUAGUACUCCGAACUCAAUGUCCUCUCCGCAGUCUGCAACUAGUCAGAGCAUCCCGUUCAAUUCGGCGCUUUUCAUAAAGUCGGACUCGGGGGAGGAGCCCAUAUAUUAUGGCCGUGCUUCGACUUACUACAUCCUCUCACGAGACGGAGUUCAGUUUAUCCGAGAUAAAACCGGUGAAGCGGAUUGGCCCAAUGCUUUGUUUUCACAACCUUGCUGGAAGACACAGCCGAUAUAUUGGCGUUCGGAUGUCUUUGCCGAUUUGUUUCAAUGUCAGGUUUAUAGGGCGCUACCUCCUCGAUCAGAAGUAUUCUCGCUCCUGAAGACCUACUUCCGAACGAUCAAUCGCAUAUUUCCGGUUUUCCACGAAGAGACGUUUAUGCGCAUGGUGGAAUGGCAAUAUACACAGCAGGAUUGUACGGACGUUGGUCGAUGGGCGAGUAUUAACGCGUUAUUGGCGUUGAGUUAUCGAUAUCGACAUGGACACACGUCAAGACCCGAAAAGGACACGGAAAAGGCUUGGAUGUACUGGAAGAAUGCUGCAGCAGUGUUGACCGAGUUGUUUUUGCGCCGGAAUGAUUUACUGGGUGUGCAGACUUUGCUCGCUAUGGCAAUAUUUGUGCGAGUGAGUGGAGGGAUACGACAGGCUUUACCACUCACCACGGCAGCAAUACAAUCCGCAGACGCUCUAGGGCUACACAGGAGGAACGCUCGUCCUGACCUUAGUCCGACGGAGCAAGAGAUUCGGAACAGGGUUUGGUGGUGUGCAUUCUUUCUGGAUCAAACCCUUUCUAUCCAAACAGGAAUGGGUAACAUGCAAAGCGCGGACGAGUUUGAUCUUGACUUGCCAAGCGAUGAUCCCGACCUCGGAGACAGCUCGACAGACUGGUAUCCCAAAUGGUUUCGCAUAACUUGUGCCCAUGCUCUUCUCCGUCGCAAGAUUUACUGCGAGCUAUACAAGAGCCGAGCCUUCUACAAGACUUUCGCAGAAGUUUGCAGUACGGUUGACUCCCUGAAUGCCGAACUAGAAGAAUGGAAAAACCAGAACCCAUAUCUCGAUUUCAAGCCCCCUAAAUCAGAAGCUUUGGACAGAGAACAGGAAUUGGAGGUGCUUGCCAAAUGCUCUCAUAUACUUUCCUACCGCCAUUCGUUGGCGUUGAUCAACCGUAUGCCACUCCUACACGAAGUCGCGAUCUGGAGACGUCUCAAACCGGAAAUCGACCCCGUUCAGUUUGUCUCUACGAACUCUACUAAAUAUAGUACGAUCUGUUUACAAGCUGCUCGAGAUUCGUUGAAAUUAUUGCGUGGAUUACCUUGGAGGGAUCUCGGGUAUAGUUGGUGUCUUGUGGAUUUCCUCUUUGUCGCAAAUCUGACAAUUUUCUCACAUGUUCUGCGGGUACCAGUGAAUCCCGACACCGCGUCCACUGAGGAGAAUCUGGAGAUGCUGAAAACCGCAGCAACGUAUUUCAAAACAGUGGCACCGCAGGAUGGCGGGUCCAGACAGGCGAAAUUCAUGGCUACCACGAGCGAAAUCAUGGAACGCACAGCACGCAAAGUCAUUGACAAAGCACACAAGGACGCACAGGCCAAGCCCACCGAACAACAGCCUGUAUCAACCCUACAAACACGUGCCCUCAAAGACAAGCCAUCCAGCAACGUCCACAUCCCUAACGUCGACGGCCUUCCGCCAGUCCAAUCAUCCGGCUAUUUCGUCCCUGGCGAACCACACAACGAAAUCAACGCAGCCGACAUAUUCUACGAAACCGCUGACCUGGCGAAGAUGAUCCCGCAUGAAGAUGCGCCACUGACUGCUCCGUAUGCAUGGAUGUUGCCCGACAUGUUCGGGCCUUCGGUGGACUCGACACUUGCCGGCGAUACGGCUGCAUUGCCGUUCAUGGAUAUGCCGUUUGCGACGGCGGAUUAUUUGGGACAGACGAAUCUGGACGUGGCGGCUGGAGAUGGAAAUUACCGUGCAGGUAACGGCCCGGCGAUGAAUGGGGAUAUGCUCUUUGGAUAUACAUGGAACAACGUUGGUCAGUAG